AUGGCUGAACUCGUUCUUUCUGCCUUCUUCACGGUGUUCUUUGAAAAGCUGGCUUCAGAAACCCUGCAGAAGCUUGCUCACACCAAGGGAAUCGAUUCCCAGCUCAAGAAAUUGAAGAGGUCACUAAUCCAGAUCAAAGCUCUUCUUAAUGAUGCUUCUGAGAAGGAAGUUACCGAUGAAGCUGUUAAAGAUUGGCUGAAUGGUCUCCAACAUUUGGCUUACGACAUAGACGAUCUACUCGACGAUUUGGAAACAAAAGCUAUGCAUCGUGAGUUCAACACCAGCAAGGUACGAAAGCUAAUCCCAACAAGUUGUACAAAUUUCUUACUAUGUACUAGGAUGCAUGGGAAGUUAGAUAAUAUUACAACCAAGUUACGGGAAAUUGUAGAGGAGAAAAAUAAUCUUGGUUUACGUGUGAAAGGCGAGAGCCCAAGACAUAAAAAUAGAAAAUUACAGACAUCUUUGGUAGAUGCAUCUAGAAUUGUUGGACGUGAAGGUGAUAAGGAUGCAUUGCUUCACAAGCUAUUGGGGGACGAUUACGAACCAUCCGGUAAAAGUUAUAGCAUCGUGCCCAUAGUUGGUAUGGGUGGGUUAGGUAAGACCACUCUAGCUAGACUUUUAUACGAUGAAAUGCAAAGGAAGGAUCACUUUGAACUCAUGGCGUGGGUGUGUGUUUCUGAUGAGUUUGAUAUCUUCAAUAUAAGCAAAACUAUCUUCCAAUCGGUAGGUGGGGGGAACCAAGAAUUUAGUGAUUUAAAUCUGCUUCAAGUAGCUUUAAAAAAUAAGAUCUCACAAAAACGAUUUCUGAUCGUUCUUGAUGAUGUGUGGAGUGAAAGUUAUACCGAUUGGGAAAUUCUAGAACACCCAUUUCUUGCUGGGGCACCUCGAAGUAAAAUUAUUAUGACGACUAGGAAGUUGUCGUUGCUAACCCAACUAGGUUACAAUCAACCUUACCGCCUGUCGGUUUUGUCACAUGAAAAUGCUUUAUCUUUAUUCUGUGAACAUGUAUUGGGUGAAACUAACUUUGAUUCACAUCCAACACUUAAACCACAUGGUGAAGGUAUCGUUGAAAAAUGUGAUGGCUUGCCGUUGGCAUUGGUAGCACUUGGGAGGUUAUUGAGGACAAAAUCAGACGAGGAAGAAUGGGAGGAAGUGUUAAAUAGUGACAUAUGGAGGUUAGGAAAGAGAGAUGAGAUUGUUCCGGCUCUUAGACUAAGCUACCAUGAACUUUCCGCACCUUUGAAGCUAUUGUUUGCAUAUUGCUCCUUGUUCCCCAAAGACUAUUUGUUUGACAAGGAGGAGUUGAUUUUGCUCUGGACCGCAGAAGGGUUUUUGCACCAAUCAACUACAAGAAAGUCAAUGGAACGCUUGGGUCUUGAAUAUUUUGAAGAGUUGUCAUCAAGGUCAUUUUUUCAACAAUCCCCUAAUAACAAAUUGUUGUUUGUGAUGCAUGAUCUCAUGCAUGACUUGGCAACAUUUGUUGCUGGAGAGUUUUUUUCAAUGUUAGACAUCGAGAUGAAAAAGGAUCAUAAAAAGGACGAAGCUUUGGAAAAGUACCCCCAUAUGUCAUUUGUUUGUGAACCUUCUAUGGAUGACAAAGCGUUUAAGGCAUUCGAAGGAGCUAAAAGUCUGAGAACAUUCUUAGCAUUCCCUAUCAAGGACGUCAAAAGUUGGCCAAUAUUCUACAUAUCAAAUAAGGUGCUGGUUGACUUACUUCAUGAGUUACCAUUAUUAAGGGUCCUAAGUUUGAGUCAGCUUUGGAUAAUCAAGGUACCUGAAUCCAUUGGUACUUUGAAGCAUUUGCGGUAUCUUAAUUUAUCUCGAACUGAUAUCACAUAUUUACCGGAUAAUGUUGGCAACCUCUCAAAUUUACAGACUUUACUUGUUUUUGGUUGUCGUUAUUUAAACAAGUUGCCUAACAAUUUCUCAAAGCUUAAAAAAUUACGACAUUUUGGCAAUAGUGAUACUCCGCUUCUGAAGAAGAUGCCCUUGGGUAUUCGAGAGUUGAAAAGCCUACGAACUCUCUCUAAAAUCAUUAUUGAAGGAGAAAAUGCCUUUUCAAUAGCCGAUCUUAAGGAUCUAAAGGAUCUCCAAGGGAAAAUUUCCAUUAAGGGGCUAGAAAAAGUGCAAUGUCGAAUACAAGCAGAAGAAGCUAACAUAUCCCAAAAGAGGCUACAUGAGUUAAAGGUGGAAUGGGGUGAUGUAUUUGAUGGUUCUCGAAAGGAAACAUUUGAGAUAGAGGUCCUCAAUGUGCUGAAGCCUAGUAAUGAUCAUUUGAAAAAGCUUGAAAUUGUAUCAUAUGGGGGUAGAAAGUUUCCAAAUUGGGUUGGGGAUCCCUCCUUUCAUCGUUUGGCUCAUGUGUCGAUACAUGGUUGUAAAAAGUGUGCAUCUCUACCACUACUUGGGGAACUACCAUCAUUGAAGACGUUAUUUAUUAAAGGCAUGGAUGAUGUGAAAGAUGCAGGUUUGGAGUUUCUUGGUACUACUGAUCUUGCAUUCCCAUCACUUGAAACUCUAUGCUUUGAAGAUAUGCGGAGGUGGGAGGUAUGGUCAACUAAUAAUAAUGGGGUUGUCAAUACAACAUUUCCAUGCCUUCAAGAGCUUUCGCUAAAUAAUUGUCCUAAUUUGGUUAAAGUCUUACUUGAGCCACUACCUUCAUUGAGGGUUUUAAAAAUUAAUAGAUGUUAUCAUGGUGUAUUGACAAGUUUAGUUCGUGUAUCUUCAUCGGUCACCAAGGUUGAUAUAGGUUAUAUUUCAGGACUUAAUGAUCAGGUGUGGGGAGGUGUUAUACAGUAUCUUGGGGCAGUUGAAGAAUUACGAAUCAUAUCAUGUGAUGAAAUAAGAUCCUGGUGGGAAUCCAGAUCACCAAGUAAGGUUCUUGUGAAUUUAAGGAAGUUGUAUGAAGAAUACUAUGAUAAAUUGGUGAGUUUAGAAGAGAAAGAGGACGUUACGAGUGGGGAAAGAAUACGUAUUAUGACAACGAGAAGAUGCUUUGCUCCUAUUGGCCUCUCAUCUCGUAUAUCAUGUGCAUUGUCAUAUUCGAGGAGUUUCAAAGUUAAUGUGAAGAUUCAGGGGAUCAAGAUAGGGUUAAAAAAAGAUUUGCAAAUUUCAGAGACAUCAGAGUCAGAGACAUCCACAACAGAGAGUGAUGAAUCUGAUAAAGUAAAGAAGAAGAAAAAAAGAAAAGUCAAAAAACAUUUCAAGCGUCACAGCAAAUUAAUCCAUAAUGAUGUGAAGCACAAAAAGAAAAAUCAUGUUUCUGAUUCUUCAACAGAAUCAGAGACAGAAUUAGAUACAGAAAAAGAGUCAACGGGUAAAAUAAUCUAA